AUGGACCUCGACGGUGUGGACGACAUGCCGAGUCUGUCCGUCAUACCUUAUGACACCAACCGGGAUGUGGUGCUUCGACAUGCAGAUACCAUCGUCUACAGAGAUCCACGAACGAACCAGUUGAUGCCUUUCCACCGCAACCAGGCUGUAGAACGUCGGUCAUCGGACUGUCCCACAUGCGGCCGACCAUGGCAUGCUCAAGGCUCUGCGGCUCAAGACAGUGUCUCGAGUCCCAUGGAGGACCAGCCCAGCUUCAUCACGCAUGACUACUUUGAGAUGCUGGCGAGGAGCCUCCCGAACUCAAACGAAACAUCGGCGCCGCCAUCCCCGAGACGACGUAUUGUCCAGCCUGUGCGCUCACGUCUCCGGCCAUCGUCCACCACCAGCACUCCGCCGCCCGAAGCAGAGUUCGUCGCCAGCACGCCCGCGCCGCCCAACCAGGUCUACGGCAUCUCCGAAACCGCAUUUUCUCCCAACUACUUUGAGAAAUUCUUCGUCGAGGAGAGAGAACUCGGCAGAGGUGGGAGGGGCGUGGUGCUGCUGGUCAAACAUGUCCUGGACGGCGUCACGCUCGGCCACUUUGCAUGUAAACGCGUCCCUAUCGGCGACGACCACGCAUGGCUGGAAAAGGUGCUCGUGGAAGUGCAGCUGCUGCAGGGCCUGUCGCAUCAAAACCUGGUCUCGUACCGGCACGUCUGGCUGGAAGACUACCAGAUCACCACGUUCGGCCCCAGUGUCCCGUGUGCCUUCAUUCUACAGCAGUACUGCAACGGAGGCGACAUGCACAAUUACGUGCUUGGGUCGGCCCAGACGACGACCACGACGCAGGAGCUCAAGGAGCGCAUCCGUCGGCGGUCGAAGGGCGAGACGGAACUUCCGCGCCGCCCCGACGAGCCCAAGAGACUACAUUUCGACGAGAUCUACAGCUUCUUCCGCGACAUCACCUCGGGCCUGCGAUUUCUGCAUCACAACAACUUCAUCCACCGCGACCUCAAGCCGAGCAACUGCCUCCUCCACACCAGCGGAGGCGAGACCAGAGUCCUGGUCAGCGACUUCGGUGAGGUCCAGUCCGAAUACGCCACGCGCAAAUCGACCGGCUCCACGGGGACCAUCUCGUACUGCGCGCCGGAAGUGCUGCGCCGGAUUUCGCCCGGCGGGCCCUUUCAGAACUUCACGUCCAAAUCGGACAUAUUCUCGCUCGGCAUGAUCCUGCAUUUCCUGUGCUUCGCCACCCUGCCCUACCGCCAGGCCAACGUGCUGCAUGAGGAGCGUGAAGACAUCGACGAGCUGCGCGCCGAGAUCAUGGGCUGGGAAGGGUUCGACGACCAGCGCAAGAUCCGGCCCGAACUCCCCGCUGCCCUGUACGCCUUCCUCAAAAGACUGCUCUCGCUGGACCCUGAGGAGCGGCCGAGCGCCGACGAUGUCCUACAGGUCGUCUCGUCCGGUCGGCUCGACGACAUCCCCGCCUCCAGGAGACGGAGUUCUAUCGACCCCGAAGAGCUCACGCCCGGUCGCCGCGUCCAGAAACUCGACAGUCCGCAGAAAGGAUCGCCGCCCCGUCGUGGCGGCGGCCCGACCAAGCCGUCCCGCUCCAGACGACGACUGCAACACACAACCUCCGAACCGGGCGCUGCAGCUGAAGCUGUAAUCACCGCUGCAGACCCGGGCUACUCGAGCGGCAGUGAAGCCGACGACGGUCCACGCACAGCAACUCACAAACGCUCGUCGAUGCUACGAGGACCUCACCAGACCGUGGUUCUACGGUCGAAACGUGCUUCAGCAUCCUUGGCGAGUCCUUCUUCUCCUUCGUCUCCAACGUCCGAAAAAUCGCCCGUGCGACAACAACUCCUGCUCGAAGCCGCUUCACAACACGAGUCCGCGGAUGGCCGGCUCGGCUUUCAUAAUAACAACAAUCAUUACAAUUAUAUUAAUGCCCAUUUCACCACCUCGAUCCGCGCCACGUUGAACCAGCCGAUCUCCUCGCCGCCCCUGAGACUCGUCAUCCUCGCACUCAAGUUGCUCAGCACCCUCCAGCCGUGUCUGGCCGUCGGCAUGAAUGCUCUGGUCGUCUAUCCGCUGAUCUGCAUCGCCCUGCUGGAGUUCUCGGUCCCCUCGCCCAACCUGCGCGUCUGGAAGGCCGGCGUGGCGAUGGUGCUGCAUGUCGCCGUGCUGGCCGUCGCGUUGAGCACGGAGAGCUUGUGUCGCGGACCGCCGCAGCAGGCGUUGGUGACGUGGCAUCAUCAGGAUGAUUGA